GCAAACAAACAUAUUUACAGAACUCUACAAAUAUUUAAUGAAUCAUGCCAUCCAUGAUGGUUGAAUGUAACUGUAAGAAUUUUCAAUUUGUUAUUGUUGUUUUAUCCUUUAAAUAAUUCAUGUGUGUUAAUGUCUGCGUCUGUCUUGUUUGAGUGCAAAACGAAAUACAGAAAACAUAUAAACAAAAAGCAUAUACAAACUAAAUGUCCAGUCCUUUGCUAUGUGAAUGUCCUUAACUGACAACAACGGCAGCAAUAGCAAACAGAAAAUAUUUAAAAUAAGUGCAAGCUUUCACCUAAUUAACCAAUGUAUUAAAAAAAAUUGAAACUACUUACUCGCUCAAAAGAGAGGGAGACAGCAUGAGGGUGUUUGAAUGUUAAACCUGUAACCACUUUACUGCUAACAACUCGUCCACCCGGUUGUUAGAUUGUCCCAGAGAAAUGCAUUAAAAUCCAAUCAGUCACAUUUAGCCAGACCCCUAAGUAGAGACACUUGGUCACAAAGCAGAGUCAAACACACAGAGCAUAGAACGCACCGAGCAACACUCUCUCUCUCUCCUCCACCUGUAUUAUGCAAAUAAAUAUUGCAAACAGUGGUCCAACAAUGGCUGCAUCCGAGCCACCAGAACCACCGCCGCGUAAUCCGGAACGCAUUAAUGCCACACUGCACAAGUUGGCCGAAUCCAAAAAUAUCAAGUCAUUAGAUUCCAGUGCACUCAAUGACAAAACCCGCAAUAAUAAUAAACCUUUGAAAACGAUAUUGUCAUUGGAUAAUACAACAACAUCAACAACAGCCGCAGGAACAACUCAGACAGUGGCUGUGGCAGCAACGACGGCAACUCUAACGACAGUAGCAGCGGCAGCUGUGCCGACAACAUCAGUGGCAUCUGCCACACCGAUAACAGCGGGUUCGACAAAAUUUGCUGCCAGCUCGAACAACGUACAGUCCCCAUCGGCCACGGCAGCCGCCUCAGCACUUUUCUAUAAUAAACAUAAAAAUCAGCAACAACAAAAGCAACUGCAACAGCAACAACAGCAGCAACAACAACAACUACAAUCACCACACAAUGAUUUAACACCAAGUGGUGAAAGCAUCACAUCGCCUUUAAGCUCCAAUGGUAGCAGUCAUACCCUAACAUCACCAAUGACUAUUGAUAAUCAGCAACAGCAGCAACAACAGCAUCGUCUCAAUUUCCCCUAUCCCUCGGCGAAAGGUAAUAACAGCAGCAGCAAUAGCAACAGCAACAGUUGUAGUGGAGGCAGUGGUGGUACAGAUACCACUACAGCUAUACCACACAUGACCCAACAAUUGAACGGAGGCAGCCAACGGAGUGGCGUUGGUGGCCUUCUAAACGAACAACAACAGAAUCAUCAUCUGGCCAAUGGCAGUACAGGUAGUGCUGGCAGCGUUAGUGCCGGUUCCGCAUCGUCGACCAACAGCAAUCACAGCAACACAAGUCUGAAUGCGGCCAACGUCUACAACUCGAACAACAUUAACAGCAACAAUUCACCAGCUUCGGGAUCAAAUAUUCAUCCAACAUUAGACUCUCCCACGAAACUGCGCGAAGAAAACGAACGGCUUAAUGCUGAACUUCACAGAUUACGCAAGCUUCUCGAAACAUCUCCGGAAGGGGCUGUGGGUGGCAUCGAUCUCUCUGACUCGAAUAGCUGUGGCGAUGGACAAUCAACAGAUGGCAGCAGUUCCAACACACAACAACGUAUCGAUCGCCUGGAACAAGAGUUGCGAUCAGCCAAAAAUCAAUUAAUGAACUUACGCAUUGAACGUAAAAAACUUCGAAGUGAUAAAAAUGAACUAGUCGGCCAAGUGAAGCAGCUGUGUGCUUCAUUGCAGGAAAAAGAACAAGAGUUGAGAGAUUUCAUACGAAACUAUCAGGAACGGGUAAGAGAAUCGGAAUCGAAUAAUGCCAAACUUUCGGGAGAUCGUGAACGAGAACGUUGGCAAUUGUUGAAGCAGGCACGAGAUGAGGCGGAGCGAUCGCUCUCAUUGGCCCAACAGCUGAGCGCCCGGGAUAUGCAGCUGCAGAAGUUGCAGGAACAAUUGCAAAGACAAAUGGCCGGGCAGGGAUGUAUGUCGGAUCAAGAGAGUUUACUCUCCUUUGCCCCAUUGACGCCACCCUCUGCAGCAUCGGGUCUUAUGAAUGCCCAAAUGAAUAGUGUCGCUGGUAGUGGUGCUGGAGGCAGUGGAGCGGGAAGUGCUGCCACAUAUCGUAAUGAUGAUAGUGGGCGUGGCAAUUCAAACUCCCUCUCAGCAUUCAGUAAUAGUUCGGGUAACACAGCCGGCGAUCGCAAUUCAUGUUCCAAUGAUUCCGCCUUGCGCAAUAACAGUGAUCGGGAGAGUACCGGCGGCGAUAUGAAUUUCAGCGAUGGUGUAUCGGAUAAUGGACCGUGUAUUACGGUGGAUCCCGACAGCAUAUCGCUGGUGUCUAGUCAAAAUAUGUAUCAAUACGGCACUCCCAAAGAAAGAAGUCCAACUUUGUCACCUCUGAAUUCAGCAGCUUAUUCCAGAUCUGUGGAACAAUUGGGCUCACCCGUUGACUCCGAGGGACCAGGAGCUGUGGCUCGUAAAUAUCCUCCCAAAACGUCGGGGACCACACUGGGUGCACGCAAUGGUCGUGGCGGUACUUGGGGUAGUAUAUCAAGGGUGUUUGCCAGGUCAAGGAAUAAAAACAAGGCUUUAUCUUCGGAUGGUGCCAGUGAGUUUAAUGAUUACGCCUGGAGUCCCCUAUCGGAAGAGGGUUAUGCUGAAAAAUUACGCUUACUGCGAGAAGCCUCCCAGCUACCUAUGGAAAGAUGGAGGGCCUCUCAAGUAUUGGCCUGGCUGGAGGUGGCACUCGGUAUGCCCCAGUACAGUUCACGUUGUGCUGAAAAUGUUAAAAGCGGCAAAGUUCUGCUGGAGCUAAACGACAUGGAACUAGAAGCUGGUCUUGGCUUGGCCCAUCCAAUGCAUCGUAAAAAACUGCGUCUGGCCAUUGAGGAACAACGUCGACCCGAAAUGGUACGUUACCCGAUGAUAACACAAUUGGGCCAUACAUGGGUGGCCUCCGAAUGGCUGCCCGACAUUGGUUUGCCCCAGUACGCUGAAUCGUUCCUGCAUUCAUUGGUCGAUGCCCGCAUGUUGGACACACUGUCGAAAAAGGAGCUGGAAAAGUUUUUGGGUGUCACAAGGAAAUUCCAUCAGGCCAGCAUUGUACAUGGUAUUCAUGUCUUGCGCAUUGUAAAAUACGAUCGUCAAAACUUGGCCAUGCGCCGAGUCCAAUCGGAAAAUGUCGAUACGGAUCCCAUUGUCUGGACCAAUCAACGUUUUAUCCGCUGGGCUCGUUCCAUUGAUUUGGGUGAAUACGCUGAUAAUCUUAAAGAUAGCGGAGUGCACGGUGGCUUAGUUGUGUUGGAGCCCUCCUUUUCGGGCGAUACCAUGGCCACCGCGUUGGGCAUACCACCCUCAAAGAACAUAAUACGACGACAUUUAUCAACGGAAUUUGAUGCAUUAAUUUUACCCGCCAGAGCUACAUUGGGUCAAGGCAUACGCUCCGGUUGUGGCAUAGUUCCUUUAACAGGACCCGGUGGCCUUCAACACUAUGCCUCAACAGAUCGACGUUCAACUGGAAGUUUAAGGAUAUCGGCAUGGAAAGGAUCACAGAGCUCCCUCUCAAAGGCCUUCCGUUUCAAUACAAAAUCAUCCCGGAGCGGUAGCUCAAUUGGUGACCGCGCCUCUGUUGGGAACUCCACCUCCCCAACACCAUCGUUUAGUAGCUCAGAGGGGGGCGGAGGAAUUUACGCCACUGUAGGUGCCUAUCCAUAUGGGAGUCAAACAUACCAACAACAACAACAGCAGCAGUACAGUAAUCAUCAUUAUCCUCCACCCACUACCGCACCUCCUCCACCACCACCUGCUGCUGUGUCCACACCAUCAUCAACGUCGUCACAGCAACAGCUGCAUCACUAUCAACAGCAACAGUUCUACAUACAUCCUCACCAACAACAACAACAACAGCAGCAACAAGCAAAUGCCCAUCGCAUCAGUGCACCGCCGGCAGGCACAGGUCUGGAUACCCCAACCGAUUCUAGUCUUCUCUAUGAACAGCAUCGUCGUGUCAAAAGCAUCAGUGAUAUUGGAGCGACAGCCGCCAGCGCCGGCGGUUCGACGGUCUAUGGUACCUCAAAUCGUGAUCGUAUGAGCGGUAUUAGUGGCCUUAGCAGUAUGGGCCUAUCCGAUACGGCCAGCAUAGCCAGCAGUGGGGGACUAAUGACCGAACAUGGCAAUCAUUUGGGUGGCGGUGGUUCGGCAACAGAAUCUUCCAAUUCGCCUGUAUGAGAAUCGGUUAUAAUGUAAGUCCCUGGGAAAUGAGUAUUCAUGGAUGCCAAGGACUUACAUUGCCUGCAAACACCCACCCAUUCUCAAUGCACACACUUACACUAACACACAUGCCCAUCAUACAAAUUAAACGGACAUAUGAGCCCCAAAAAUGAAAGGCCAGUUAUGUUCGAGUGCUUCUGCAGUGGCCGAUUAUGGUCGGCAGAAAAUGUAGGUUAACUCAAUUUCAGUUAAAUUAAAAGCAUUUAAAAUCAAUCGUAGUUAGUUAUACUCAAUUAUCGAGACCAAACCAAAACAGAUGAUGCCCAGGCCCAUAAUGAUGAUGUGGAUGCUGAUGCCGAUGCCCAGGCGGAGGAGUUCGAUACAAAUUCACAACAACAGCAGCAGCAGCAGUGGCGUCGUUAGCAACAAACAGUCGCCAAAGCGCAUUAAAACAUCCACCAACCAAAUGCUCAUAGCAAUUAAAAGUUUUUUUCGUUCGUUCGUUCAUUCAUUUGUUUGUUUCUGCUUCUGUUUUUGUUUUCGCUUUUCUAUUUGUUUAUGUGUUGCACAUUUCUGUCAGUUGCACACUUUUUCUGUUCCUUGUAUUCUGUGUUUGGCACAUCGCUGACCCGGUGCUUUAUGUCUGUGUGUGGGGUUGUGUGUGCACAUAAUUUAAUCUGCACUUCCGUUAAUUUUGGUUUUUCUGACUGCCUGCCUGCCUAUCUGUUUUCGAACCAAACAUUGUCGACCAAAUUAAGUUUUCAAACCUCAACAGCAACAAGAACAACAGCCAAACCUAUUCACGAGUUAUUCAUUUAAAUUGCGGUAUGCGGAUGUGGGAAUUGGCACAAAUAUUUAUAUUCCAAUCUAUAUUGAAUUUUGUGGUUGCCAUUUCGGUUGGCAGUGGCACAAUUUCGAAUGUUUUUUUUUUAAUAUUUUGAAUUCAAUGGCAUAAAUAAUUAGGAAUUAAUAAAAACAGUCAUAAAAUGAGAAGAACCAAAUAUUUCUAGGCAAAAUACUUGUGGAGAUCCGCACCAUGAACAGGAAAAAGGUGAUAGUCCUAAAGACAUUCUAUCUAUAAAAGGAUAUUAUUCAUGUGAUAGCAAUAGAGGAUCUUUUACCCAUAGGAAGGCUUAAAAUACCUGUAAAAAACAUUUCUUUCUUUAAAAGUCUCUUGAAAAGUUGCUUCUUUAUAGUAGACAUAUAGAAAGACUUUAUAAGGACAACUGACUUUACAAAUUUUGUAAAAAGUUACCUCUCCAUAGAAUAGAUGGACUUUUUUAGGAAAAAUGACCCCCAAAAGAUAUUUAGCUCACAAAAGAUCCAUGUUUAAUAGACUGGCAGAAUAACUGAACAACAUUUGUCUAAACUUAGAAAAUCUUUAAACGCUUAUAUAGGCAUUUAAAACUUGUAAAACCAUUUUCGUCCUUUGAAGA